GGAGGCGAGCGCCGGGGGAAGAGCUGCCAUGCGGGCCCGGCGCCGGGCGCAGUCGAUCGGCGGCGGGCCGGGCCACUGAGCCGACGAUGGCCAAGCAGCCCGCGGCCCCGGCCGGCCGGGACGGCGGGCCCGUCCCCGGGGCCGCCCCGGCCUUCUUCGUCAUCCUGAAGCCGCCGCGGGGCCCCGGCCAGGCGGACCAGGGCAUCCUGGUGGCCAACGGGGAGGCCGGCGGGGGCGGGGGCGGGGUGGCCCCGGCCCGCUCCAGGGCCCGGACCUGCCUCCCGGCCCACUGCUCGGCGGGGGCCAUCACCGUCACCCUGGACAACAACAGCAUGUGGAACGAGUUCUACCACCGCAGCACGGAGAUGAUCCUGACCAAGCAGGGCCGGCGCAUGUUCCCCUACUGCCGGUACUGGCUGACCGGGCUGGACGCCGACCUGAAGUACAUCCUGGUCAUGGACAUCUCGCCCGUGGACAACCACCGCUACAAGUGGAACGGCCGCCGCUGGGAGCCCAGCGGCAAGGCGGAGCCGCACGUGCUGGGCCGCGUCUUCAUCCACCCCGAGUCGCCGUCCACGGGCCAGUACUGGAUGCACCAGCCGGUGUCCUUCUACAAGCUCAAGCUGACCAACAACACGCUGGACCAGGAGGGGCACAUCAUCCUGCACUCCAUGCACCGGUACCUGCCGCGGCUGCACCUGGUGCCCGCGGACAAGGCCACGGAGGUCAUCCAGCUCAACGGCCCCGACGUCCGCACCUUCACCUUCCCCCAGACGGAGUUCUUCGCCGUGACGGCCUACCAGAACAUCCAGAUCACCCAGCUGAAGAUCGACUACAACCCCUUCGCCAAGGGCUUCCGGGACGACGGGCUGAACGGGCGGCCGCAGCGGGACGGCAGGCCCAAGGGCGGCUCCGACCAGGACGGGGGCGGCGGGGCCCCGGGGGCCGCCCAGCCCGCCCGGGGGCCGGCCGACGGGCGGCCGGAGGGCGGCCCCUUCGACGCCGAGCGGGACCUCCUGGGCUUCCUGGAGGCCGGCUUGCCCCUCGGCGGCGUUCCGGUGCUGAAGCGGGAGAUUUCUGCAAGUCCCGUGGCCAGCAGCUUAGGAGGCAGCUCCCGGGCGGCCUCUCCCUUGGACUCCAACAGGCCCUUCAACGUGGUCAUCAAAGAGGAGCCCCCCGACGAGUACGACUACGAGCCGGGCAGGUGCCCCGAGGGCGUGACGGUGAAGCAGGAGGAGACGGACGAGGAGACCGACGUGUAUUCCAGCGACGACGACCGUGGCCCGGAGAAGCGGCUGGGGCGGCCGGGUGAGGCGGCGGGCCCCGGGGCGGGCAGCCGGGGCUCCAGGAGGCCCCCGGGCAGCCCCACUGGGGUGGCCAAAGCCAAAAUGCUCAAACUGGACAGCGGCAAGAUGCCCGUGGUCUACCUCGAGCCCUGCGCCAUCACCAAGAGCACGGUGAAGAUUUCCGAGCUGCCUCAGAACAUGCUGUCCCCCGGCCGGAAGGACCGGUCUCCCGACUACCUGCCCGGCUACCUGGAGAACGCCCGGAAGGCCGGACCGGGACCCGCCGGCGCGGCCGAGAAGCCAGACUCCCGGAAGCAGUUGGCUGGACCCAGGGGGUCGCCCAAGCGCCCCUCGGGUAAAGAACCUCCGUGGCAGCCCCCGGGCACGCCCAACCCCGCGAACGCGGCGGCCGGGUUGGGCCUCGGCUUCCAGUCCUCCUCCGGGGACCCCUUCCCCAGGAAGGAAGGCUCGGGCCGGAAGAAGACGCUGCUGAAGAUGGCCGGCACCCAGAAGACCUCGGGCCCCCCGGGUCACACGCCCACCGGCCCCGGGAGGAGAGGCCGGCCCCGGAAGCUGAAGCUCUCCAAGCCGGGGAGGCCCCCCAAGAACGCGGGGAAGCCCGCGGUCUGCAAGACCGACCUGCUGGGGCCCGGGCUCGCCUUCCCGGCUGUUAAGCCGGACCUGGAGGACGUAGAUGGGGUCCUGUUCGUUUCCUUUGCAUCAAAGGAAGCUCUCGACAUUCACACAGCGGACAGAACGUCAGGAGAAGAUCCGUCCGCUCUUCAGGCGUUAGCGUCUCCCGCCAACGGCCCAGACUGUAGAGCCCGCAUCGGCCAGCUGGAGAAAGAGCUGUUGGAAGAUCUGAAGACCUUGAGGCACAAGCAAGUGAUCCAUCCCGGCCUUCAAGAAGUGGGUCUGAAACUGAACUCGGUGGACCCGACCGUGAGCAUUGACCUUAAAUACUUGGGGGUGCAGCUGCCCCUGGCCCCCGCUACCAGCUUCCCCCUCUGGAGCCUCACCGGGGCCAGCCUCGGGGCCUCAGACUCCGGGUUCCCCUUCGUCUCCCGGACCGGCAAGACCAACGAUUUCACCAAGAUCAAGGGCUGGAGGAGGAAAUUUCACAGCGCGUCGGCCUCCCGGAACGAAGGCGGCGGUUCGGAAGGCUCUCUGAAGAACCGCUCGGCUUUCUGCAGCGACAAGCUGGACGAGUACCUGGAGAACGAAGGCAAGCUGAUGGAGUCCAGCCUGGGCUUCUCCUCCACCUCCCCGACGCCGCCCGUGGUCUACCAGCUCCCCACCAAGAGCACCAGCUACGUGCGGACGUUGGACAGCGUCCUCAAGAAGCAGUCCACCGCCGCCCCUUCCACCUCGUACUCUUCGAAGCCUCACCCGGCCCCCGCCGCCGCCUCCCGGAAGGGCAAGGCCCACGGCCGGCAGGCGGGCCCCGGCGGCCGAGCCAAGGCCGCCCCCUACAAGCCCAUUUUGCCGUCGCCCGCGUCGCCCCGGCAGAGGCAUCUCCAGGCGGUUCCGGGGGAGAAGGCGAGCAGGGCCGCCGCCGGCCUGUUGGACGGCCCGGUGGACAGCUUCGUCGUGCCCGCCCUGGAGGACGGCGUGCUGCCCAAGCCGACGGGCCCGCACCCCUGCCCCGGCCCGCCGCCCUUCCCUCCCAACCUGCCCCCGCUGCCCCCGCAUCAGGCCGCCCGCCCCCCGGGCCUGUCCAAGUCUCAGGUGAAGCUCAUGGACCUGGAGGACUGCGCCCUGUGGGAAGGCAAGCCCCGGACCUACAUCACCGAGGAGCGGGCGGACGUGUCCCUGGCCACCCUGCUCACGGCUCAGGCGUCGCUGAAGACCAAACCCAUCCACAAAAUCAUCCGGAAGCGGGCCCCCCCGUGCAACAACGACUUCUGCCGGCUGGGCUGCGUCUGUGCCAGCCUAGCCCUGGAGAACCGCCAGCCGGCCCACUGCCGCCGGCCCGACUGCAUGUUCGGCUGCACCUGCUUGAAGAGGAAGGUGAUGCUCGUCAGGGCGGGCUCGAAGCCCAGGCGGGUCCUGAGGAAGGUCCUGCACCAGGAGUUCGGGUUCGGCGGGCCCCCGGCGGAGGACGAGCCCAGGGAAGCCGGGGACGGGGACAGAGAGGAGGAGCAGCGGCUCAGGGAACGGAGGAAGAGGAAGAGGGUGGAGUACGCCAUCUGUGACCCGGAGCCCGAACUGCCCGUUCGCCAUUACCCGCUCUGGGUGAAGGUGGAAGGCGAAGUGGACCCCGAGCCUGUCUACAUCCCCACCCCCUCCGUCGUCGAGCCCGCGAAGGCCCCGGGGCUGCCUCACCCGGAGAGCUCGUUGGCCAGCAAGACCAGGCCCCCGGCCGGAGCCAAACCGGCGAGGGCGUACGCCCCCAAGCCCAACCCAGUGAUCCGGGAGGAGGAGAAGGACCCCGUCUACCUCUACUUUGAGAGCAUGAUGACGUGCGCCCGGGUCCGAGUUUACGAGCGCAAAGGAGAGGAAGACGGCCAGUCUCCCCUGUCCACCCCGCCGCCGCCUCCCCAGCGGAGCCCGGGCGGGAGCGACUCGACCGACGGCCGCGAGAAGGAAUGCGACUCCGAACAUCAACCGCCGAAGCCAAGCGUCGGUGACGCGGAGAAGGACAGCGACAAGUCGGAAGAGCCAGGCUGGCGGACCCCCCGGCCCGAAGGGGACCCCUCUCCCUCGACCUCGUACGUGCACCGGCCGUCGCCCGGCGGGCCCACCAAGCUGAUCGAGAUCAUCUCCGACUGCAACUGGGAGGAAGACCGCGGCAAGAUCCUGAGCAUCCUGUCGCAGCACCUCAACAGCAACAUGCCCCAGUCCCUCAAGGUGGGCAGCUUCAUCAUCGAGCUGGCGUCGCAGCGCCAGGGCCGGGAGGACGGCAAGGAGCCCUCCGUCUACUCGUCCCGCGUGAAGAUCUCCAUGCCGCCCUGCCGGGACCACCGGGGCGAGGCGGGCGGGGCCCCCGACCCGGACCCGGAGACGCCCGAGGGCGCCGCGGCGGCCGCCCGGGAAAAGGCGGCGGACAGCGUGACGCUCGUGCGCCUGGAGGCCGUGGACAGGCUGCGGGAGAAGCUGCCCGGGGGCAAGGGCCUCCCCUUUUACUCCGGACUCUCUCCCGCGGGGAGGCUGGUGGCCUACAAACGUAAAUCCGGCCCGAGUCCCGCAGGGCUGAUCCAGGUAGCAUCCAAUGCCAAGGCGGCUGCCUCCAGGACGCCCCCCGCCCAGGUGCCUUCGCCGGCCGCUCCCCAAGCGACGCCGCCGCCCUCCAGCGCCUCGCCCGCCUCGCCCGCGACGACCUUGAAGGCGUCUGUCCCGGCCCAGAGACCCCCGGCGACCCGGCCCUCUCCCGGUGGUGUGUUCACACAGUUUGUGAUGAGCGAGGUCGGAGCCCUGCGGCAGAAGAUUCCUGGAGUUAGCGCCCCCCAGCCCCUGCCAGGCCCACCCGGGUUCAGUUUCGGGCAACCUCCGCUAGCGGUCGCCGUCCCCGGGGCCGUCCCGGGGGUCGGCCUCGGCCCCGUCGCCGCCCUCGCCGCCGUCCCUCGAGUGUCUUUAGAGAGCGUCCCCCCCGGGGCCUCUCCCGCCGGGACCGCCGACCCGGGUGCUAAGGAAACCCCCGGGGCUUCUCCCGACGGCGCCGCCGCCCCGGGGGCGCCCGUCGCCUCCGCGGCGGGGGCGGCCGCCGCCGCGUCUUCCUCCGCGGCGACUCCACCGGCUUCACCCCUCGGUUCUAUUCCUCUUGUUCUCUCGGGGAUUGGUGCGACUCCGCCAGUGGGUCGGUCGCCACCAGAGGGGCCUCUCCCUCGGGCGGCCCGCCUCCCGACCGGCUACUCCGGCUUGCGCGUUCUCGGGAGCCGGUCCUCCCGCGGCGGGGCGGUGGCGGCCCGAGACCGGCCCGUCGUCUUGCGGCCGCUUGCGGGAUCCCGGCCCGCCGGCUUUCCGUCGUCGCGCCCCCGCGACCCGCCCCUUCCUGGCCGUCUCCCGCUCCGUCUUACGCCCCCCACCCCCUCCGGCGGCUCGGUCCACGCCGCCGGCUUUGACGAAACGCCCCCGGGUCCGGGUCCGGCCCCGCAGGCACCCCCCGGGCCGGAGAAGCGCAUGGGCCCUCGGCUCCUGCUGAUCCCCGUGCAGCACGGCUCUCCCCCCCUGCGACCCCUGCAGACGGUGCAGCAGGUGGCCCAGGGCCAGAGGAUGGUCCUGCAGCCGCUCCGGAGCCCCGGCGGGGGGAAUCUGUUCCGACAUCCCAGCGGGCAGAUCAUCCAGCUCGUCCCCCUGCAGCAGCUCCGUGCCUCCGGGACCCAGCCCAGCCUCCAGCCCGUGGUGCUGCGCAACCCAGGGUCCCUGAUGGGAAUUCGGCUUCCUGCUCCCGCCAAACCCGACACGCCCGCUCCGCUGCCCACCUCCCCCGGGACGAACCCCUUGGGACAGGCCGUCAGCCCCUCGCCGGCCACCAAGCUGAUGACCCAAGCGCUGACCGUUCUUCCCUCGGUGCCCAGUUUCGUGUCCCAGGCUGGCACCUUGACUCUGAGGAUCUCCCCGCCGGGCCCCGAAUCCAGACUGGCAGGCGUCUCCGGGGGGCAGCCGGUUGGCGCGGCCGGGCUCGUCCCCCUCCAGUCGGGGAGCUUCGCCCUGCUGCAGCUCCCGGGGCAGAAGGCCGUGCCCGGCUCGAUCCUCCAGCACGUGGCGUCCCUCCAGGCGAAUCGAGGGACCGGCCCCAAGGUCCAGUCAAGUCCGCCGAAGCGACGGGGGGACGACAAGAUCAGGCAGCCGGCGGAGGGGGCCGGCGACGGGGUGGGUUCGCCUGGCCCCGUGGGGGCACCGCGGCCUCAGGAGGGCGAGGAGACCCCGGGCUCUGCCGCCCCGGGGGCGGCCCCGGGAGCGGCGGGAGGCCGUGCCGCCCACGGGCCCCUCUUGCCGGAGGACGGGCCCGCGGACCCGGUGGGCUCGGACCACUCUUACGUCGGCGGGUCCCGGGCCGGCGAGGAAGGGAAGGUCGGCACCCGAGAGACGGGGGAGGACGAGGGGGCCGACCGGCCCAGAGGCGACCCGGGAGCGGAGCCCAAGGACGUCCGGGCCGGGCCCGAGGAGGCCGAACAGAGGGCGAGACCACCCGGCGGCCCCUCGCGCCCCCUCGGUCCCCGGGGGCCGAAAGAGCGGGAGCAGGAGGAAGCUUCCGCCCCAGGGGGCGCCGGGGAGGAGCGGAUCCGGGCGAAGAACUCGGCGGAAGAGCGGGAGCCACCGGGGACGGGGAGACGGGCGCGGGGCCGUGGGGCGGGGCCGGCGGGCCCCCCGCCCAAGAGGAAGGAACGCGAGGACGCUGCCGGAGAGGGAGGGGCAGGGAGCCGCCCCGAGGGCAGCCCGGCCCGGGGACGCGUCGAGGCCCCGAGAGGGGAGAGCGGGCGCCCUGCUGACGAGCCCGAGGGUCCCGGAUCCCCCGCUGCCGGCCGGGUGAGGAGUCCCCCGCCGGGCUCCCGGCGGGAAGGAGGGGCCGCCCACGGGCCUCGGAACGGGACGACCGGCCCCGCCGAAGGGGACGGACCGGCCAGGGGCCCCGGGCCCGCCGCCGAGGAGGAGGAGAGGACCGACGACUCGGCCGACGAGGGGCCGGAAGGGGCCUCCAGCACCUGUCAGAGCGACGAGGAGGAGGUUGACGUGGAAAAGCUGAUGGGGAAACUGACGUCUAGAGAAGCGAAGGGACUUGCCCGAGGCCACGCGGCGGACGAGUGGCGGAGCCGGGACUGGCUCGAACCGAGGUCUCCGCCCACCGGUCCUGGGCUCUUUCCGCUAGGCACCGGGGUUUCUCGCUCCCGCGUCCGGGACUGUGUCGGAGAGAGCGGCGCCGCUGUCCUUGCGGGCCCCGAGGGUGGCCUUAUUAAAAUGACAUCUCCAAGAGGUGCCUCCCCCUCUCUUGACCGUAAGCUCCUUGCGGGCAGGGAACGUUUCUUCCCGGCGAGCGAGUCCGCGAGCGGUAGGGCGCCCUGGGCCGUCCCCACGGAUCCCGCCCAGGGCGAGCUCCUGGACUACAGCGAGGAGGAGGAGGAGGACGAGGAGCAGGUGGACAUCGAGACGGUGGAGGAGCUGACGGAGAAAAUCAACAUCGCCCGUCUGAAGGCCUCCGUCGGCAACGCUCAGUCUUCCAAGCCGCCGUGCGGGUCUCCGUCCCCUUCGCCUCCGGACGAGAAGUCGGCCGUUGAGAUAAGCAUCCAGGCCGGGCAGCUUUCUAGGGACAACGGCAGCCAGUCCCCCGACCGGAUCCCUCACUUUGGCGGGCAGCCGAAGCCUCAACUGUGGAACAAGAAGUUGCGGAACGAAGCGGAGGCGUUCGCGCAUUACCGCCGCACCCACACAGCCAACGAGCGGCGCCGCCGCAACGAAAUGAGGGAUCUGUUUGAGAAGCUGAAGAAGGCCCUGGGCCUGCACAACCUCCCCAAGGUCUCCAAGUCCUACAUCCUCAAGCAGGCCUUGGAGGAGAUCCAGGGGCUGACGGACCAGGCGGACAAGCUGAUUGGGCAGAAGAACCUCCUGACCCGCAAACGGAACAACCUCAUCCGCAAAGUGUCCACUCUGUCAGGUAAGACGGAAGAAGUGGUCCUGAAGAAGCUAGAGUACAUUUAUGCCAAACAGAAAGCUCUAGAGGCCCAAAAGAAAAGGAAGCAGAUGGGACAGGAUGAGCCCAGCGUGUCCCCCGGAGCCAGCAGACAGCAGGAAGGAGGCGCCCCCGCCGCCCCCCCGGCCGCCGCCGCCGCCUCCCGGGAGCCGGGCCGGGCCACCCCGAGCAACAGGCGGGGGAAGCCGCUCAUACUCUCCAGGAAAGGCGGCCAGGCCACAGACAACAACUUGGCUGCGCCCUUGGCGCUGACCACCGCGAGCCUCGUGAUGACACCGCAGGGGCAGGUGCUCACCUUGAAGAGCCCCCUGGUCUCCGGGCCGGUGACGGCCAUUCCUCCCACCCUCCUGCAAGCCGAACUGAAGCCUCGGGUGACCAGUACCGCCGUGGGCCAGCCAGAGAACGACGACUUGUUUAUGACGAGGAUCGUGAACGUGACGUCGCUGGCCUCGGACGCGGCUCUCGGCUUGGACGUGGGCGUCGACCGGCCCGCGGGGUCAGGGGCGCCGGACCGCCCGCCGAAGGACGGCCGCGAGAACAAGGAUCCCUGGCCGGGGUCGCCCCCGGGGAGGCGGGGCCCGGCGGGAGGAGAGCCCCGGGGCCGGCCGCCGCCUCCCUGGAGGGCUUCGCCAAGAUCCUCCCGCCUCGGGCCUCCCGGAGCUCCCGGAGGCCCCGGCCAGAAAAGGCCCGGCGGGCGGCGGAAAGAGUCCGGCGGGGAGCGGCCCAAGCCCACGUCGCACAAGCUGCAGGCCAAGGAGCUGAAGGAUGCCCGCGUGGAGCUGGAGCUGUGGAAGAUGGCGUCGGCCAUGGAGGAGGAGGACGACGAGGAGGAGGCCGCGGCGGCGCUGGGCCCCGGGGAGCUGCUGGCCGGCGCGGAGGAGAGCGACGGCCGCCACCGCGCCGCCGAUGACCGAGACCUCACCUCGCUGCUCCAACGAGAUCGCUUCCUCAACCAGCAGCUGAACGACGACUCGGCCGCGCUGGCCGAGCUGCCCGGCCCGCUGGCCGCGGCCUUCCCCCCCGCGCGACGCCCCGCGCGCUUCGGCCCCGCCGGGCGGCGGCGCCAAGGAGCCGCCCGGGGCGCGGGGGGGCGGCGGGGGCGUCAGCCCCUCCUCUUGCACUUGGAGGAGGAGGAGGAAGAGGAGGAGGAGAGGGGGGAAGACCGGGACCUCGUCCGGAUCGUCCUCGACGCGGAGAAGAAGAAGUCCGCGUCCCCCCGCCUGGGCGACGGGGGCCGGGGUGCCCGGCGGCCCCCGGCCGAGCCCGACGGCGGUGUCCUCGCCCCGCCGCCCGUCCUGCAGAUGCAAGACCGGGUCGGAGGCGGGCAGCCCGGAGGCCCCGUGUGGAGGCCCAUGCCCAAGCUGGCCCCCCUGGGCCUCAAGGGAGCGCGGGGGCCGGCGGGGCCGGUUGAGGCCAAGGAGUUCCCCGGGGCCCGGCUCCCGGGACCACCCGCGCGAACCGACCGCGUCGACGGGAGGCGGUUCGCGUCGGCGGUUUGGGCCGAGUCCGAGGAACGUGACUAG